CUGGGUACUAGAUUAGAGAGAGUUAUGGCCGCGACCACACACGAUAUCUCAAGCAGGUGGUACUACUACUUGCGUGGAUAGCUAUGAAAAUAUGGCUACUUUUUCAAAAAGACGCUUAGAAAUUACGGGAGCUACUGCUCUGGCUGUCGCUAGCCUUUACAUUCUUAAGAAAUAUGGACCUUCUGUGGGACGAAGGAUCUUGAAUAAACUACAACAUGGAAAAAAAGCGAGAUUGGCCAUGGUAGAGUCGAGUUCAGGAUCAAAAGUAAACCAAAGGACCGCAGCUUUGGACUCUACAUUCAUUUUACAAGCGUGGAGGCUAUUGAAGAUUCUUUUCCCUGGAAUUUGGACGAAACAAGUUGGAUUGUUGUUGCUUCAUUCAGUUUGCCUUUUUGUCAGGACUUUUCUAUCGAUCUACGUGGCGACUCUCGACGGUCGAAUAAUAAGAUCGGUAGUCCAGAAAAAUGUCUUCAAGUUUGUUUUGCUAUUGACUAAUUGGAUUGGCGUUGCCAUUCCAGCAACUUUCAUUAACAGCAUGAUUCGAUAUCUGGAGAGCAAACUUUCGCUAGCCUUCCGAACAGAGUUGGUGAAUUACGCUUACGAUAACUAUUUCUCUAACCAAACCUACUAUCGUGUUGGGAACUUGGACGGGCGACUAGCAAAUGCAGACGAGUGUUUAACAGAAGAUAUACGCAUGUUUUGCAGUUCAGUCGCUCAUCUUUACUCUCAUCUCACCAAACCUUGCCUAGAUAUCUUUGUUAUUUGUUGGACCUUGGAUGGAAUGGCCAGAAAGAGAGGAACUUCGUGGAAGGUACCAGUCACUAUAGCUGCUGUGGUGAUUUAUCUUACUGCGGAGAUUUUAAGAAAAUUAAGUCCCAGGUUCGGCAAGAUUGUCGCCGAAGAGUCACAGCGGAGAGGUCAGCUUAGAUUCCUUCACUCUAGAGUGAUAACAAAUGCUGAAGAAAUAGCCUUUUAUGGUGGCCAUAAGGUAGGUGAAUUGUAUGUACAUGUUUUGAUAAUAAAUUAUCGUGGAGCACUAAUGAAUAAUUAAUUGAGGGGUGGAUAGGGGGCGGUGACCGAGGAGCAAAAAGCCGGGAGGAAAAGGAAGUGGUAGCUUUUCAGUGAAUAAAAAUCGAAAAAAAAAGAGACAACAACAAUCAAAGGGAAAAACUAAACAAAAUCAAAAUGAUAAAAAAAAAAGAAAUAAAAAACCACAGAAAAUUAGGUAAUUAUGUGCUUUGAAAGGUCAAUGCCUGUUAUUUAACUUGAAUAACCCAUUCUGAGAAGAGCAUAAUACUGAUACUCUAAUUUUGACAACCAUAUGUCUGUUAAUGUUUCAAGUGCUAAAAAAAGACAGAUCAACAGAAAUGUAGUCACAGAGCUAUCUAGGUAAUAUCAAUAUUAUAUAUUUUUUGAACAAUCCCCUUAAUUUCUCCUCACAGAUUAUUUGACACAAGCAAUCUUUGCCUUUGCUCAGUAAUUUACACUACACAGAAAAGAAUCUAAAGGAGAAACUUUUGUAAUAAAUUUCCAAACCUUUAGGAACUAGACAAGGUCAAUCACUGUCUGGUUAAAAAACAGUAAACUAAAUGUUUGAAGGAGGACAAUAAUUGUAUUAUUGUAUUGAAUACGGGGAAAACCAUCUUUGAAAUUAGAUAGUGCUGUCACAAUUCUUAGAGUCUGAUAAGACAUUUCUCUUAGGCUAUGACCAUCUUACAUGAACAGCUUGUGCACACUGAGUCUCUGCCAAUAAUGUAUGUUUGGUUGAUCAUUCUCCCCCCUUACCCCCCCCUUCGUACCCAGAGAGUGACAAGCAUCUAAUUUCUUUUAACAACAUCACCCCAGAAUCUCACAUUAAGUUCAUGAGAAUGACAGAAAGGAUUGCCAACAAAAGAAGCUCUUGAUUGUUGAACAAAUUCUCCUUGUUAGCAUCAUAGGAAAUGUUUAGAGAGCAGUAUCAGGAAUCUCCAUACUGAUGUUAGGGUGUAAAGGGUUAAAGGAUGGUAACAUAGUGAUGAGUCUAUGUAACUAUAGCUACUUCGUUUUGUUUACAGGUUGAACUGUCAUUAUUGAAACAAAGUUUUCAAUCAUUAGCACAACAAAUGGAGUUACUCUUCAGCAAGCGUUUGUGGUUCAUCAUGCUGGAACAGUUCCUAAUGAAGUAUGUGUGGAGUGCAUCAGGUCUUGUCAUGGUUGGAUCAAGCAUAUUGACAGGAAAAGGUUGAUGUCAAAAGUGUUCACCAAAUGUGCAUUACUCAUGUGACUCUCUUUAUUUACUGUGUUCCUUUUUGGGUGUGAAAAGUGCUUCAGAUCUUAAGACAAAUAUACAUGUAGCCAAAUUACUGAGUGUAUACAUUUUGUCUACAUGUAUGGAGGGUAUAUUUUUAAUGAGUUAACUUAAUUUUCAAAAAGCAGUUUUGGUAUGGUACACAACUGUACAGUAUUGUGCAAAAGUAAUUUGCAAACUGAAAGCAAGAACUUUUUUUGUUUUUGUACAUUGUUAAGUUUCCUCAAAAUUUUGUGUGAAAAUUUGUGUAAAGAUUUGCACCCUCAAUUUGCAUCAUUUUGCAAAGCAGUUACUCUAUUUCUUUGAAUGUACAACACCAUAUGAAAGUUUGCAAUGAAAAGUAUCUUUAUGCUGAGAAAUUUAAAAAUUUGAGGAAUUGGCAAAAGUUUAAUUGAAUAUAGUUAUUAUAAUUAUUAUGAUAACAUUUUGAGAGAGUCAACUAUUUUGGAGGUGUUCUGAUAAUUUUAUAGAUUCCUAAAGUUGACAUUUUUGAAUUAUUUCAAAGUAUAGAUUUCAGAAUUACAAUAUCCUUUCUUGAGUGUGGUUAAAAUAUUUUUACUGCUUUUUAUAAAGCCCUGCGAAAGUAAUGCCCUACUUAAUGUUUCUUUUUAUUUAGGGACUGAAAAAGAACAACUGGGGCCAGCAGAUCAAGGUGUAAGUGAAAGAACUGAACAUGUAACAACAUCACGCUCGCUGAUGGUUUCUGCUGCAGAUGCCAUAGAAAGGGUCAUGUCUUCUUACAAGGAGGUGAACAUUGAAAAUACAAUUUAAUGAAAUAUUUAUUUGUAAUUUCUGUAUUUAAAAUUAUUGGUUGUUUCCCUGUCUAAAGGAUUGAUUAAUGUUUGUCAGGACAUGCUUAAAACACUGUUUAUGACUAAUUAGUGUAUGUUUGCAAACAGACAUACCAUUAAUUGAGUUGUGCAACGAUUAUUUAGGUGAUGCACACUGUAUGCACUAAUCUGCUGCCUCUGAAAGCAUAUUGUUGCAAAACAUUAAAAGAAAGUAGUUUCAAAAGCUGAGAAUGUACUCGUACUAAGCCUUAAUUGAGGCAUGUGUCUUCCACUUUUUUGGAUUCUGACUCCCUUCAGCAGUCAGUAGCAAAUAAUAAAGUAAAGGGUUUUUCAUGACACAGUUCUGAGUAUUUGGCUGCUAUAUUGUUAUAUUCUAAUUUAAAGCACUUAAAUUUGUAAAUCUUGGCUAAGUGGUUGUUCUUUUUUUUUCAGAAACACCAAUUAAGAUUUUAAUCAAUAUUUUUGUCUUCUGCAUUCUGUUAGAUUAUAGAGCUGAGUGGUUACACAGCCAGAGUAUCAGAGAUGCUUGAUGUUUUUGAAGAUGUUCAACAGGGGCACUGUGAACGACAGAUCUCACGAGAGUUGACACAGGUGGAGGACUCUGCUCUUGAGGAAAAGGAGCAUUCCAGUGUCGGGGUACAUGGUGAAGUUGUUGAUUUAAAUCAAAUGCCUGGUGGUGAAGUAGUGGAUACAGAGGGUAGUAUUGUCCUGAAAGAUGUUGCUAUUAUCACGCCAUGUGGCGAUGUGGUUGUGUCAAGUUUAUCAUUUGAGGUGAGCUAUGAAAUGAAUCAAGUAAUGGUGGAUAAUGAUUAUACAACCAAGUGGAGUCAAAUUCAGUCUGAAAAUGUGAGGUCCAGUUGUUUAUAGACAGCAAUUUGACAGAUAAAUCUUUAUCCAGCAGAUCUGUUAGCUAAAGAAAAUGCACUGCUCUAACCAUUGGAUAGAAGUUUAUCUAGUAGAUAGCUCCCUUUGAACAACCAGGGCCAGGAGUUCAAUACAUGAAAUACAUGAAGUCUGUAUUAAUAACAUUGUACACCAAUGAUUGGUGGUGUUUAGAGUUGUACAGGCAUGACAUGUUGCUCAAGACUGUCCAAUCACAAGCAUGAUGAAUACUCUGUGGAAUAAAUGCUCAAAUUAGACCGCUGAUAGCCUUGAUUACAAUAGAAAAAUUGUUUAAUUUUUGACUAUGCUGAUGACUAGUAGUCGUAAUAAUCAUCAGUUGCAUGUACAUGUAAGUGUAUGGCAUGAAGUUGUGUUUGAAGGUGAAAUACUUACUACUGGUAUUACUGCACUUUCAAUCAACAGAUAUUCCACUAUAAUUUUUUAGGUUCAUUAGGUUCAUUGAUUUAACUUAAUUUUCUCAGAUGGAACCAGGAAUGCAUCUGUUGAUCACAGGUCCAAAUGGUUGUGGUAAAAGUUCAUUAUUUCGUAUUCUCGGUGGUCUGUGGCCAGCUUACAAAGGAUUCUUAGCAAAACCUCCCCCAAGCCACAUGUUCUACAUACCACAAAGGUGGGCUGUGUGACUAUACAAUCUAUAUUGAUUUAUAUAACAAAAUACUUUAAGCUCUGCUUUCGGUUUUAGACUGCUUAAUUUAUCUUUUUCUUUUCAGCUUUUUGUCCUUUAAGUUAUGGCAUAUUGACCCACUAGAACAUGUAAAUAUUUUGUUUACCAGAGAAUGAUUUUGACACUUACUUGUUAAUAAUGACGGAACCUACUGAAAUUGGGAUGUUAAAUGUAAGUUCUCUUGGGUCAAUUACACUUUUCAACAAUUAACUAUUUGGUAAAAAUUAAUCUGUUGUUAAUUAUAGUAUUGAAAAGUACACUCUUACCCUCAGUUAUCUUGAUAAUGUUUCCAACAACUUGGGUCUUGGUUAACUGACUGGUUUGAAUCAUUUAUUCCAGGUAAACACAGAACUAUUUGGUACUGUAUAUUGUACUGUAACUGUCAUGGGACAGUAUUAUUAAACAUUAAAAUAAAAUAUUCAUGCCUGCUAUACUGUUAAUUGUAAAUAUCAAAUAAGCAAUAAAUAAAUUAUACAUGGUAAUUAAUUGAAACUGUUACUUAUGUUUUUAGACCCUACAUGCCUAUUGGUUCACUUCGUGAUCAAGUGAUUUACCCUCACACUUUUGAAGACAUGCAUGUCCAUGGCAUUACUGAUGAUGACUUAGAGACUAUUUUGACCACAGUUCACCUGCAGUACAUCAUCAAAAGAGAAGGAGGUCUGAUAUUUUAUCCCUAGGAAAAGUCAUAAUUUAAAUGAUCAGUGAAUUCCUAAAAAUGACGUGACAUCUUAUUUAAUCUUGAAGUUUGUGAAAUUUAACUUGCUUUUGUGAAAUUAAGUCACUGGAGUAACAGGUUACAAGUUAACACAUGUAUGUGUAAGGUAUGCUGCCGUAUUUAAAUUAUUUUGAAAUAUCCCAAUUAAAGUGUUCCAAAACACCCACUAGCGCUCAAUCUCCCUAACAGGGGUGGGGGGGCGGGGAGGGGAGGGGGCAUUAGGGAAGUAUGAUCAUUAACAUGGACUUCUCUUUUCUGGCUUUGAGAUUAAGCUUUUGUAUACUCUUAAUUACAUAUUUAUAGUCAGCUGUGAUGCAUAAUUAGUACAUUAUUGUUAGUAAUUUAUUUGUAUGCUGUGUUUGAUUUUGAAGGGUGGGAUGCUAUCAAGGAAUGGAAGGAUGUGUUCUCAGGUGGAGAAAAACAGAGAAUGGGAAUGGCACGUCUCUUCUAUCACAAGUGUGUUCUAAUUAUCAUCCAACUCUUCUAAUUUUAUUUAGCUCAAUUGACAUAAAAAGAGUUAUUCACUGAUUGUCAUAAGCUAAUUUGAUUAUCACUCCAUUUCACUUGCCUGUAUAUAAUUUGCCUUCAUUGGUCUGCUUUUGCUGCUGAAAUAAAAUGAUAUGGGCAAAAGUGUGUGCAAAUUUGCAAGAGAAAAUGUUUAAUCACCAUGACUCACUCAGACAUCAGAGACUUUAACUCUUUUGCUCCCAAGAUCUCAUUUUAGUAAUUCUCCUCGCUGACUGACAUUCAAUUAUUAUGAUAUGUUAGUUUUAAUUAAGAGCUUGGUUUUAGAUCAACUAAUAAUCCCUUAAUUGAUAUUUUUCUUUAUUCUUGUCACUUUUAUGCUAGAUACUGUAUUGAUAUUGUACAGGGUAAGGAUAAAUUCUAUCUUGGUCAGUUACUGGGGUUAAAGGUUUAGAAGGGUUAGACCAGUCCAAUGAUAUAAUUUUAAUAAUAAAAUUUGCUGCUGAUUUGCAGGCCACAGUUUGCUCUUCUUGAUGAGUGUACUAGUGCUGUGAGCAUUGAUGUUGAAGGGAGUAUUUUCCAAGCUGCCAAAGAUGAAGGCAUAAGUCUGUUAAGCAUCUCACACAGACCUUCACUCUGGUUUGUAUUUAAUUAAGAACAUUUUCUGUUGAAAUGUAAUGUAAAUUACUGAAAAUUGUUUGAUGAGAACCUUUCAUUCAGCUACUGUUUUAACUAUGAUGUUUACAUCCCAUGAAAGCAGGAAAGUUGUAGGUCAUGAGGAGUCACUUGAAAGUAUCUGAAUUACAGCCUAAGCACAUACAUGUACAGCUUGAUGUGCAAGACUUCAGUGAACACUUACAUGGAAUGGUACUUUCUUUAGACUCCACUUUAAAAACUGUUUUUAAUUAGAGAGUUUCUGUUUUCAUCUGCAAUUUCAUGCAUUUUAGUUUGGGAAACAGGAAAAAAUGUGCCAAAAAGUAUGUGUAUACAGAAAAAAUUAGGGGAAUAGGAUGAUAGCUCUAAGAGCCCAGGACUUCCCAUCAUAUUAGCACAUCAAAGACCCCUCUUUUUUCCUUACAGGAAAUUUCACACACAUUUGCUACAGUUUGAUGGAGAAGGUGGAUGGCGCUGGGAGGAACUGAACACUGCCACCAGACUCACACUGAAUGAAGAGAAACAGAAACUUGAAUCCCAGCUUGCAGGAGUUCCUAAGAUGCAGCAAAGAUUACAGGAGUUGUGUUCUCUUCUUGGGGAGGACUCAGUUUUGUGUAUAAAGAAGUCAUAAAAAGAUGGCAGAAUACCUUGGAAACCUUAACUUCUUUAUUGGUGCUGUGAUUUUAGGCUGGUGAACAAGCUGACUCAUUAAAGCCAGCAGAAUGCGCAUGUGGUAGAACCAAUGAGAAAGCCUGCUUUCACACUGCAUUUCCCUCAUCCCAUUUUAUUAAAUUUGUUAUUUGCUGACAUUUUCAAAAGGAAAACAUUGAUAAUUUAUUUAGACAUUGAAUUAAACUUAUUCUAAACUUAAACCUAGGCAUAGAUUAUAGCCACUUCCAUUGGUACACUUAAUAGAACAUAAUUGUUAAUGGUUACUGGUUAAAGAGAUCAGGUGAUUAUUGCAUCUCAUUUUAAGGAUGAUUUCUGAAUUAUUUUGCAAAAUAUUUGGAGGUGAUAUGAAUCGUUUCUAUUCAUGUCUAGCAGUUUUAUAAUUUAUUGAGUGGCUUGAUCUAUGUCCUGUUUGACUGCAGCAAAUAAUUAUUUGAUUAUGAUAAACAAUCAUUUUUAAAUUUCAUUUUUAUCUUGUAUGGAAGCAAUUGUAAUGGGACAGCAUGCAUUAUAUCCAAAAAUAUUGUCCAAAAUUACAUCAUUCCAAGUGGUGUAAAUUAUUGUAGCAUUUGUUUAUUGUAGAUUUAAUUUUUGAUAAAUUAAAUUUAUCACAAGUUGUAAGACAUAUUUGAAGAAAAAAAGUAUAUCAAAAUCUUUCUGAUAUUCUUUUGUUUCAGGUGU